CGAUGUUUUUCUUCGGUACGGUACGGAACGAGUUUUACGUAUAGCGCAUUGUAGCCGAUAACGACAGAUCCAUUCGUUUACGCUUUAUAAACAUGGCGGCGUCCACAUCGCUAAUGUUGGCAAUAAACAUCGAAAAAUGUGACCACCAAAAAGGCUGUCAGCUGAUGAGAGUUACUCCAACCUCAUCAACAGCAGCUGACAUUUUUAAAGAGCUUCAUGGGCCGGUGGAUCCACAACGAUAUGGGGUUAAAUUCGUUGUGGGAACUUCGCUGGAAGGGACAUCUUUCUGGGAGAUUGACGGUUGCAUCCCAUUGUUUGAGGUUUCGGCGUUUGGUGUGAAGGUCCUCAAAAUGACAUGUACUACCUUACCAGAGGGAAUAUUGGCAUCUUCCCUGGAGAAAAUUUCGAACGAAGCAACAAAGAAAACCGUUGAUGCCAGCAGUUCCAGGUGUUAAUGAUGAAGGGGAAAGCAUUGCCCACGAAAAAAGUGGCAAGCUCUGGAGUACUGACGGGACUUAACCGGAAGGAUGAGUUGUACAAUGCCAUAAUAGACCUGUGCAAUAGAAUGGAUACCAAGUUUCCAAGAGACAAUGCAGUGACUGAUGGUGGUUACUUUGUGCAGACUGUCUGCAAUGCAUUGUGGUACAAAACAAACCAGAUGGACACGAUUAACAUCACCUCCAAAAAGCAGAAAGAUGUACAGCCUGUCCCAGACCUGUUUGAACAGUUUGACGGGUACAAUGACACAAAAAGGAAGAAGCAGAAAUCCGAGCCGAUGACCAGUAGCGGACUUCAGAGUCAUGCGGAAUGUUUAUUCAGUUUAUUAGAGAAACCUUACGUAAACUCUACAACAGGAAAAUGGCCAGAGCUUCGUGCAAGUGUAGAAGCUUUAGCAUCAUGUCUGUCAUCUUAUGAACAAUAUUUAAACAAACAAGCAACUACAACUGCUACAAAUAAGGAGCUGUCUUUUCCAUGUAGGACUGUUGAUCAGAAUGCAUCAGUCUUUCAUUGUAAGAAAUCAGUUUUAUCUGUUGUUAAAGACAAAUACACAUUGCUUGACAAAGCUGUUGUAAGUUCUGACACUGAAAAUCCUGUUUUAUUUGAUGAAAAUCUGCAUGUUGAAAAACCAUUUGAGAAUAGUAUGCAAAAAUUUCGUUUCUUUGACAGUUUGCAAUUGAGUGUUCCUGUAGAUGUUAUUAGAUUUUGUCCUGGGGAGGGAUUGUCCUUUGUAAGGGGACAGGUGACGGCGUUUGUUAAUGAUUCUGUCACCAGGCCAGUCCGCAUCACCAAUCAGACAUGCCAUGAACAUCAGGAAGAUAGUGCAAAGAAACCAGGCAAACCCAAAGGUUCUCUUAAACAAAUGGAAGAAGAGAAACUAAAGUGGCUUCCAGAGCCGGAACUGGAUGACACACGUGAACACUUUCUCCCUUACAAACAGGCAACAAAUCAAGAAACAACAGAAAAAGACAGACCAUCAUUGACAGAUAAGAAAGUUUGCAAGAAAAACACAGUCAAGCCUAGACCUGGAAGCUCGGUUGAAAUUCAUGGAGAAAUUGAAGAGGAUGAAGAACGAGAAACUUCUGGUCAGCCUCAGAACUUGGCCGCAAAGACCUGUGUGCUCAUUGUGGAGACCCUGGGGCCGAGACAGAUGCGGAGUUGA